AUGUUUUGGAGGCUCGAUAAUACCCCAAAAGACAUUCAAGAAAGAUUAGGGUUCUUUGCCUUUACUGUCUCAACCACAUUCUACACUUGCGCCGAAGCCAUUCCAGUCUUUCUUCAAGAACAUUACAUCUUCAUGAGAGAGACAGCUUACAAUGCUUAUCGCCGUUCGUCGUACAUUCUCUCUCACUCCAUUAUCUCCAUUCCUUCUCUUCUAUUCCUCUCAUUGGCAUUUGCAGCAACCACCUUCUGGGCGGUUGGUCUCGCUGGUGGACUUUUUGGGUUUUUCUUCUUUUUCUUCUUCAUCUUCGCGUCAUUCUUCACCAGAAACUCCUUCGUCACCUUCCUUUCCAAUGUUGCCUCUCAUGUGAUGUUGGGUUACACAGUCAUCGUCGCCAUUUUAUCCUACUUCGUCCUCUUCAGCGGCUUCUUCAUCACCAGAGAUCUAAUCCCUCCUUAUUGGCUUUGGUUCCACUAUGCUUCUCUGGUGAAGUAUCCAUACCAAGGGUUGUUACAAAACGUGUUUGAUGACCCAACAAACUGCUUCAUUAAGGGGAUUCAGGUGUUUGAUAAUACGUCAUUAGUGAUUGUUCCCAAUUUUUUGAAGCUUAAACUAUUAAAGACGAUGAGCAAUACCUUGGGCAUGAACAUUACUAGCUCCACAUGCUUGACUACUGGAGUGGAUAUUCUGAAGCAAACUGGAGGGAGUGAGAUAAGCAAAUGGAAUUGCUUGUGGAUCACUUUUGCUUUGGGGUUUUUCCUGAGAAUUAUGUUUUACUUUGCUUUGUUGUUUGGAAGCAUAAACAAGAGGACAUGA